CCGCAGCCAAAGAGUUGGAGCAUUCACAUGCUAAUUGCGCCCUAUAAAUAAGAGGGUCGUGGCGCGCCGAGGACCCUAGAGACGCGCUGAGAUUCGGAGGAGAAGGGACAGACGUGCGCGCAAACAAACCCGAGGAGAAAACAUGACUGCUUCAUCCGUGGCGCGCAACGUGGAGAAACACCCCACUGCCAAGGAGGAGAGAAAGCUGAGAAAGCCGCUUAUUGAGAGGAAACGGCGGGAGAGGAUAAACAAUUGUUUGGAUCAGCUUAAGGAAACUGUGAUCGGAGCGUUCAGACUUGAUCAAUCCAAACUGGAGAAGGCAGACAUCCUGGAGAUGACGGUGAAACAUCUGCAGAACAUCCAGAAUAACAAGCUGAGCGACCCCACUUUAGGCCUGGAGGCCCAGCAGAGAUACAGCACGGGGUACAUCCAGUGCAUGCACGAAGUCCACAACAUGCUCCUGACCUGUGAGUGGAUGGACAAAACUCUGGGCUCCCGUCUGCUCAACCACCUCCUCAAGUCUUUGCCCAGGUCCACCAGCGAGCGCCCCCUCUCCCAGCAAACACCCAGACACAGCGCCACCCCUCCAGCCGGCCACGGCAUCCCGGGCACACCCCUCAGAGGAGACCCCCUGUCCGCGAGGCAGCUCCAACGAGAGGGGCCCACCUGCCACGUGGUCGGACGUCAGGAGAGGCCGGCCCUCCACAGCUCCCACCUGGGGAUGCUGGAGAUGUGGAGGCCCUGGUGAACAGCCGGAUCAAUGAUGUUGGUUCUCUAUUUUGUUAGGCCAUCCUCUGUUAUGUAUCUUAUAGAUAUGCUGCUCAGAAGACAAACGUGUGGGGCGGUUUUGUUCCAGUAAUUAUUGUUAUUGUAGGUGUGCUAUGAUGAUUCUAUACAGACCUUUUCUUAGUACUUCCCUCCAGAAGUGGACUUCUUGUAGCCUGCAUUAUAGAAGGCUCUUAUUAAUCUUUCAUGUAUUUAUUGUAUUAACAGCUUUAUUUAUUGCAUAUUGUAAGGCACGACUUUGCUUCUUAGACCACUUGCUUGGCAUUGCAUGGAUUUCUAUGCCUUCAUCCUUCACUGUAUGAUUAACAUAAACAUUAAUAAUAAUAAAAUCUAUUAUAUACUCCCA